AUGUCCUCUCACGGGUCCCUCCCUUCCAGGGGGGCUUCGCUACGAAACGCCUUUGCUCAGCGAUCGGAUGAAGCUGUUUCCCUCGCGCACCUGAGCGGAGGACAUGGUUCCGUUCAAGUCUCGCCCUACUCCGCCACUCAUGAGGCUGAGGAGCGUCGCCGCAAUGCCCUAGGCAGCCUUGACAACGCCCAAUUCGGCUGGCGCCAUGUGCGUGCCAUCAUCGUCGCCGGUAUUGGAUUCUUCACUGAUGCUUAUGACAUCUUUGCCAUCAACCUUGUUGUUAGCAUGCUCGGUAUUGUCUUCUUCGCUAACGGUUCGGCUGGACAUGGUAAGCUGCCUGUCAAUGUUGACACUGCCGUCAAGGUCGCAACUUCUGGUGGUACUGUUCUGGGUCAGCUUUUCUUCGGAUGGUUUGCCGACCGCAUUGGUCGUAAGCGCAUGUAUGGUUUUGAAUUGAUCAUUAUCAUUCUGGCCACUCUUGCUCAGGCUUUGUCGGCCCGGUCCUCUGCUGUCUCUAUCACUGGUCUCUUGGUCUUCUGGCGAGUGGUCAUGGGUAUUGGUAUUGGGGGUGACUACCCCCUUUCCUCCGUCAUUACCUCCGAAUUUGCUACUACCAAGUGGCGCGGUGCUAUGAUGGGUGCUGUCUUUGCGAUGCAAGGUAUUGGUCAAUUCGCUGCAGCUAUCAUGGCCUUAAUUGUCACUGCCGGCUUUAAAGACACGCUCAAGAGUGCUAAGGAUGCCGGACAUUGCACUGACGAAUGCCUGCUUGCCGUCGACAAAAUGUGGCGAAUUAUCAUUGGAAUCGGAGCUGUCCCCGCUUGUUUGGCUCUGUACUUCCGUCUCACUAUCCCCGAGACUCCUCGUUACACCUUCGACGUUGCACGCGAUCACUCCAAAGCCAACUCUGAUGUUCAGGCCUACCUUCAGGGUCGCAGCGGCAAAUCUGGCGACUCCCAGCAACUCACAGAGCUCCGUCCUCAAGCCGAUGGCUCGCUGAUUCCCAAGGCUAGUUGGUCCGACUUCCGCAGUUACUACUCCGAAUGGAAAAACGCCAAGAUGCUGCUGGGUACCGCAGCUUCGUGGUUCUUUCUCGACGUUGCAUUCUACGGCCUCGGACUGAACAAUUCCAUUAUCCUCUCGGCAAUCGGUUGGACCGGUGGAGGUAACCUGUACGAAAUCUUCUAUCGCAACGCGGUUGGAAACAUCAUCCUGAUCUGUGCUGGUGCUAUUCCUGGUUACUGGGUGACCGUUGCGACCGUCGAUACCUUGGGGCGGAAGCCAAUUCAGUUCAUGGGUUUCGCGAUCCUGACCAUCCUGUUUAUCGCCAUCGGAUUCGGCUACCACAACCUGAAGCACACUCACAAUGGCCUCCUCGCGCUGUAUGUCAUUGCACAGUUCUUCUUCAACUUCGGUCCCAAUGCUACCACUUUCAUCGUGCCCGGCGAAUGCUUCCCAACUCGGUACCGCUCUACCUCCCACGGUAUCAGUGCUGCGGCCGGCAAGAUUGGCGCCAUCAUCGCGCAGUGUGUCUUUGGACCGCUCGCUCACCGCGGUGCGACUAAGACCAAUGAUUCUCCCUGGCUCAACCAUGUUAUGGAAAUCUUCUCUCUGUUCAUGUUGUGUGGUCUUCUUUCCACCUUCUUGAUUCCGGAGACCAAGAGAAAGUCACUGGAGGAGCUUUCUGGGGAGUCUGGCCCAGCCAUGACUCUUCACCCUCGCACCGGCUCUCGGGGCAAGGAUGAGGAGGCAGUGGCUACCACCGUCCCCGUGGCUUAG